CAGCGGAGAGCAUCACACUACACUCCGCAAUGUCAUCCGAGCAGCUCGCACGGAAACUGCAGCACAUGCUCGACACUAAACCCGGGUCACCGGAGAGCCCCGAGCACGCACAGGCGAACGACGAGCCGUCCCCCGUGAGAGCUGACAACAUGACCGGCGACGCCACCUCUGAACUCACGCAGAAGCUCAACCGCAGACUGGACAUUCACGAGGGCACUGCGAAACCCGAGCAAAUGAAGGUGUUCAACCCGCACACCGAGUUUAAAGAGUUCUCCCGUAAACAGAUCAGAGACAUGGAGAAAAUGUUCAAGAGAUUUGACUCUGGUAAAGACGGCUUCAUUGAUCUGAUGGAGCUGAAGCUGAUGAUGGAGAAACUAGGAGCCCCGCAGACUCACCUGGGACUGAAAAAUAUGAUCAGGGAAGUGGAUGAGGAUUAUGACGGCAAACUGAGCUUCAGAGAGUUCCUGCUGAUCUUCCGGAAGGCCGCAGCGGGCGAGCUGCAGGAGGAGAGCGGCCUCAUGGCUCUUGCUCGGCUUUCAGAGAUUGACGUCUCCACUGAAGGUGUUCUUGGAGCGAGGGACUUCUUCGAGGCUAAGGUUCAGGCUCUGUCCGUGCGCAGUAAGUUUGAGGCGGAGAUACGAGAGGAGCAGGACGAGAGGAAAAGGAUGGAAAUUGAAAGGAAACAACGCAGAGCCGCUUUUAAAGAGCUGCAGUCCACAUUCUGCUCAUAAAUACACACGUACACGCAAUCCGACCAGUUACCUUGGUCUGUACAUCUUCACCUCUCUAUUAAACCCACAGAAACACACUGAUUCAUGUGUACAGCCUACACAAGCGCACAAAUGCACACAUGGGAACGUGUCCCUGUGAACCUCACUCAUAUACUGUAUUUAAUGGAAACCACAAGGGAACGGAUAGAAAAUAGUUUUAUUAAUCAAAGUUAUCAUGUAGUAUGCAAGUGAAGUGUAUUUCACCGGUGCGGUUUGAGGGGGGUUGUAAUGUAGGUAAAGUAUCUAGAGUAAGAUAUUUUAAUAGACUACAUUGUGCUUCUAUUUUAAUCAUUCAAGCAACUAUAUAUUUUUUAGAAACAAAAAGGCUUAUUUUAAAGUUAUUUAGUGGUAGAUGAAAUUUUACACACACAUGUAAAGUUGGUGUUGUGGAGCAAAUUGUAAUUUGGACCAGUAGAUCAGAAACAAAGGAAAAACGUUUUCAAAACAUUUUUAUUUUUUUAGGUUUCGCUUUGUAUCAUAUUACAUGGACACAUUGUUUUAGUUGUGUCAGUCAUGUUCAUUUUUUUUACUCCUGUUUUAUAUUGAUGUUUUCGUUUGUUUGUUUGUAAUUAAAUCACAUAUUAGUCCAUUAAAUAACGUGUUUUUUCUUUUAGAAAAAUGUUAUAUUUUGCUUUAAGGUCUCCUAGGCUUCACUACUAGAACACUUACAGGUGAUUCUCAGGUAAUUCGUGUGUCUGUCAAUAGGGGGCAGCACUGGAAUGGGCCAACGACAUACAAAUGUCAAUAUUUCUAGCUGACACAGAAACGUCUGGAAGAAAAAACACAUCAUGUAGAAGUUUUCAUUUAUUUGAAUAGUCGGUGUGCUUCAUACACCAAAAUAAAGGCAUUUAUUUUCAUCCAGUUGAAUGAAAUCACGAUAAGUAUGCAGAAAACUACAUUCCCACACAAUUCUCUCCGAGUCUUCAACAAUUUCUUUUGAAUCAUAUAUCUUUAUACGUUAUUCAAUACAGUGAAAACAACCAGUUUUCUGAUUGACAGUACAUGUGCGAUAUAAUCAUUAAAAGAGUGAAAAUCAUACAGUGUUGUGCUACAAAUAAAGUUGUGCUGAUUCUUUUCUUCUGUUGCAUAGAUUGCAUAUUGCACUGAUAAUGUUGAGAUUUCUUUUCCAGUGUAUCAUCAAAUAUACCUUAUAUACAUAACCAUUAUAUAAUCUGUUUUGUCCCUGUUGAGUAUAGGAUGCAUAAGACGAGAGUCAAGGUUUUGUCAUUAGGCACAUAGGAGUGUUUUUAAAGGCACAGUUAACCUAAAACUGAAAAUCCUGGCAAGUGAAUAAUGAAAAAUUAGUAUUUGUGUUGUAUAGUAAAGAAAAGCUGUUCCCAAAUAUUUUUUUUGUGCUCAGAAUGUCAAAAACCCAUUAAAUAAUAACAAACA